GUUCCUAACGAUAUAAGCAUCAUUCUUUAUAUUUGAUUGUAAAGAAAAGUAGAUACGUUUCAUAGCAAUUCACAAUUUCUACAAGUGUUACGGAAAUGAUGUGAUAUAUUUGAUAUUCUUCCCUUGUAGCCGUUCAAAAAGAACUAGGCGAUCUGAGAGCCUCCGCAAUGAAAAAUUUUACGAUUCAAGUCGACGAGUCCAAUAUUCUUACUUGGCAAGGCCUUAUAUUGCCGGACAAUGCUCCUUAUAAUAAAGGAGCAUUUCGAAUUGAAAUCAAUUUUCCUGCAGAAUAUCCUUUUAAACCACCUAGAAUAAAUUUCAAAACAAAAAUCUAUCAUCCAAAUGUAGAUGAAAAAGGACAAGUAUGUCUACCUAUUAUAAGUGCUGAACAUUGGAAACCAGCAACAAAAACAGAUCAGGUUAUACAAGCUCUGAUAGCUUUAGUAAAUGAUCCUGAGCCAGAACAUCCAUUAAGGGCAGAUCUAGCUGAAGAAUUUCUCAAAGAUAAAAAGAAAUUUCUAAAAAAUGCAGAAGAUUUUACAAAAAAGCAUGCAGAAAAAAGGCGAGAAUCAUCCUCCUCGAACGAAUAAUCCCAAAUGGUAGGCCUUUCUCACCACGAUGCCUGCCACCUCAGUUAAUUCAUUGCGAGUCGAUUUAUGCCGGUCUGUCAUAUGUGGAAUCGAGAAUGCCCCGUGUACAGUAUUGGUUGAUAACGAGGAUAAGAAUAUAUACAAAUUGUAAUGUUUAAUAAGGUGGAAAGAACUUUUCAGAGCAAAGUAAAUUAUAAUAAAAUAACUGUAUGAUAUUGUAAA